GAUCUAAACAUGAGAUAGUUUUGUACAGGUUGCAGUUUUUAAAAAAUUCAAAUAAGUACAGCUCCAUAACAACUGAGCAAACUCCAUCUACUGAGGACAAUCUAGAACAGCUACUAAAUGGACGCUGAGGUGAGAUUGUUUUGUCUUUUUUCUCUCCAAAUAAACAUUACUGGUCUAAAAAAAAUCUAGAAAUAACAGACAAACAUUUAAUCUUAAAUGAACAGUACUCGAUUCCUAAAUGAAGACUUUAAAACAAUAGAAUGUAAAUAGUUUCAAGAAAUAAAUACAGACUACAAAUCCAUUUUUUUUUUUAAACUGAAGCCUGGAUGACUUUAACAGUAUUAAAGUGUAAUUGUGUUUAAUAAUAUUUAUAGGUAAUAAAAGCAGUCAGCCGGUGGCUAAAAUUAGAUAUGCUACUACGUUAACACAUUAGUAUUUCAUCUCCAAGGUUACCAACAACACCAGCAAGGUGACACAUUGAGGAGGGAAAACUCACAUGAUCAGUGAACGCAGAUAUUAACUUCCUGAGACAAAUAUGCUGAACAGUGACUUUACUCCAGUCAGAAGGACAGAGAAAGACAUGAGGUCCAGCUCUUCGUAUGCUGAUGCUACAUUGGUGCAUGAGCUCAGUGAGCCACUAUCUGUCCUGGAUGAGCAUAGGUUAACAGAGGGCUGUGUGCAGUCUGUCAGUGACCCGCCCACUCAUUGUGUCAGAGCAGCAGGAGCUCUGAGGUACAAUCGGGAGUCUGACAACCACAGGAUAAACUUAACAACCAUUCUUCCAGCGGCCCAGCCUCUGACAGAACACCCAGUGAAAUGUGACUACUGUGGAGAAAAGGCCAAACCCUCCCUCGAUCUAACAUGGGCACUUCAUCCUCAGACAGUACCACUCUUCUGCUGCGCCCAGCGGAAGCAGCUGUGUAAGAUGCUGGUGAAGCAGAGAUGUUUGGUUGAGGGGAGGUGUGACAUGAGAACUGGUACUCCAGUAUCACUAGAAGACAAACCCACAGCCACAGAUGGACGAGAGACAGAGGAGAUUCUUUUCCAAGGCAAGGAGACGGAGGAUCACAACAAGUUCAUCAUGGACUUACAGAGUGGACUUGGGGAACUAUCUGAAUUGAGAAUCUAUGAGGAUCAUUCAAUCCAACUACCUGCAGCAGAAACCUUUGCCUCAACAUCAAAGGUCCUCAGCUUUCGGCUCUCUUGUGCUCCAGAAAACGAAUGCUGGACAGUGAUUCCUUGUUGUGCAACUGAGAUGCACUUCAAAAUAAAAGAGGAGGAGGAGCAGGUUUUGGUCCCUUUUUGUGACCACAAGCCGCUUAAUUUUGGCAUAUGUCAUCACCAGGAUGGGGCAGAGUUUCGACAGAAGUAUUACUCCAACUGCAUGACAUUUCUUACUGUGUUCCCCGAUGGCUCUGCUCAGGUCUUCUAUCCUUCAGGCCUUCUGGCUGUCAUUGUCGUGGUCACUGAAGAGAGCGGAAGGGUCUGCAUCGUGUACGAUGACAGCGAUGCCUCCUAUCAACCAAUCAGAGCCGUGUUCCAGUCUGAUGGCAAGGCAACAUGUUACCACAACAAUGGAAACAUAUGGCUGACCUUAAACAGUUCAGGCGGGCAGUGUUUAGAUGAGGAAGGUGCCAGGGUUCGUCGGUGGAGCUGGGGCAGUCAGAGCCUCACUCCCCUCCAUCCCAUCUUCCUGUCCCUCAACAAAACCGUUGGGGUCCGAGUCCUUGGGAAGGACCAAGUGUUUGUCUCAUUCCUGGCCAGAGGUCAACAGGCAAAGUUCAGUGUGGGUACCUGCUGCACUCAGGGUGAAUGUGAAACAGAUGGGGCUGCUUCAGGGCCCUCUGUAUUAAAAGAAGAGCUGUUUGUGUUAGCAGCCAGGACCAGGAUCCACCUGACCAUUCAGGAGCUUCGACAGUACCUGCUGACGUCCUCACAUCCCCGACUGCUGAAAACCUCACAAGCCUCUCACCUCCAUGUUGUUGCCCAAAAGGCUUCUGGAAGUCACUUCUGAUGUGAUAAGUGAAAAGAGCUUUUAUCCUUAGGUGCCUUCAGGAUUGUCUUUAAUGUACCAGUAAUAAAGUACACCGUGACACUUAAGACCUCACACAGCAACAUUUGUGUGCAAAUACUCUUAGUAUUAUUGGGGAGAUGUCUCGAGAAAAGACUGUAAAAGGAACUUCAGCAGUAGUGAAAUUGACGUCCUGUUAAACAAAUGUAACCAAAUAUACAUGAUCUUUUCAGAUCAGUACUGGCCAGGGUUUCUGCAGGUUUCAACCACUCUUUUAAGAAAAUCUAAAAUAAAACAAUGCAAUUGUAAAAUUUCUCUCAGAUAUAUAUAUUUUUUUCAAUAUUAUUUAAUGCUUUUUUAAAAAAAUAAAGUUUAUUUUUCCUCACGUUGGACAAUUUUUUUGCGCUUUAGAAAUAAAAUUCUUGUGCUGUUGGCAAAAUGUACUCUAACAAAAUAUGAACUCAUCAUAGACUAACAAAAAUAAGGGGAUUUCUUUUGUGUAUCGCUACCUGUAUAGUGAUAAACAGUAAUAAUUUUUUUGUGUGCAUACUGGAUUAUACUGCCAGCUGUACUAAAUGAAGAUGUCAAUUUAUCCUCUAAAUGUUCUUCAGUUACAACUAAAACUCAUAAUGAAAUGUGACAUUACGGUCUGGAAAAUACAA